AUGUUUAAAAGAAAGCAUAAUAAACCUGAAAUUAAUGAAAGACAGGCAGAUUGGAUCGAUGUUUCGGUACCAUAUGAAAAGCCGGAAUCAAUCAAAGCACCAGAACCAAAGCAAUUAAAAGAAGAUGAAAUUGUUAAAUAUAAUGAAGUUUUAAAACAUUUUCAAAAUCCAGAUAUAUCAGUUGCUACUAAACCAAAAGGUGCAGAGAAGGCGCCUUUAACUGAUCGUGAAAGGGCUUGGUUAACUAGAGAAUGUUUUUUGAGAUAUUUGAGAGCAACUAAAUGGAUAGUGGAUGAUGCUAUUGAAAGAUUAGAAUUAUCACUUGCUUGGAGAAGAGAAUUUGGUAUAAGUGGAGAUAAUGAUACAGUUACAGGUGAAAUGGUAUCUCCAGAGAAUACUACUGGUAAACAAGUGAUACUUGGUUAUGAUAGUGAUGCUAGACCAAUUUUAUAUUUGAAGAAUGGUCGUCAAAAUACAAAAUCUUCAUUUAGACAAGUUCAACAUUUAGUGUUCUUUUUAGAAAAAGUUAUAGAUCUCAUGCCUGUUGGUCAGGACACAAUUGCAUUGCUUAUAGAUUUCAAACAUUAUGAUGUUGAAGGUACCACAUCUAAGAUUCCUUCUUUAUCAAUUGGUAAACAAGUGUUGAAUAUCCUACAAACACAUUAUCCGGAAAGAUUGGGAAGAGCAUUAUUAACCAAUAUUCCAUUCGUUGCUUGGACAUUUUUAAAACUUAUUCAUCCAUUCAUAGAUCCACAAACUAGAGAAAAAAUUAUAUUUGAUAAACCUUUUGAAGAUUAUGUCCCAUCAGAUCAAUUAGAUAAAGAUUAUGGUGGUAAAUUAUUUUUUGAAUAUAAGCAUGAUAUAUAUUUCCCUGCAUUGAUUGAGCAAGCUGAAGCCAAAAAGGAAAGAUCAUUUGAAAGAUUUUUAAAAUUUGGAGGUGUUGUUGGUUUAAGUGAAUACGAUUUAAGAGGAUCCAAUGAAGAGUUGCAAUAUCCUGUGCAUCAAUUAAACUGA